AUGACUGCCCACUCACAGCAUAUUCCAGGUUCGUUGGAAUCCUCAAUAGCGCCCGGGCCGGUGCGACAACGCUCAAGGCAGGCAUGUCUUCCUUGUCGUCGACGCAAGAGGAAGUGCGAUGGAAGAAUGCCCUGCAAUGUCUGCAAAGGAUAUGAUUAUGAAUGCGAAUAUGAUACUGCACCCCCAUCAACGCCUAUCAAGCGUCCCGCGCCUUUGAAUGAGUCAUCAGCCCAACCAUCGUCCAAAACAACACGCUUGACGCAUCCAUCAAGGCAAAGCGCCGAUUCUUCAAUUCUGCCUGGGCUUAUUGAGCCGUCGAAACCUCGUUAUGUGGGAAGGUAUUCAUGCAUUGCAUUUCCACUCUAUGUUGGCCUGGAAGUUCAGGCUACAAAACUUCCACGCCUACACUCAUUCGCAUAUCAUACUGGUGUUCGCAAAGAACCAACUUGUGCGGUCUCCCACAAGAUCGCAGGGAUAAUUUCAUGGAAUACAGCAAGAAAUCUCAUCGAAGUCUAUACUGCCGUUAUCCAUCCUGUCUUCGGGUUCCUGGAUAUGAAUCGUAUCUAUAUGCUAUGCGAGAAGCAUUGGCAUGGGCAACCCCAAGACAUGGCCUUUGAAGCUUUGAUCAGUGGAAUUAUUGGGUUAGCGUCGUUGUUUAAUGACUCUUUGGGCCAGGAUACCGAACCGUGGAUAAUAUCACACGCGAAGGCGAUCCUUGAAGAUGAUGUGAUCAGUCGUUUUCCUACGCUCGAAACCAUCGCAGCUUGGAUCCUUCGAACAAUAUAUGUUCGAUGCACCGGACGACCUCACGUUGCUUGGCUUUGCAGUUGCAGUGUUAUGCAUCUCGUUGAAGCGGCCGGUCUACAUCAUGCCCCCGAGUUUAUAAUGCAGACGAUUGGCAGUGUUGCACCAAAUCCGGAGACUUCAAAUAUCAUCAACCGAACGGCACAAGUGGCAAAUUGUGUCCAUGUUCUUGUAGCAUUCGAGUAUGGCAGAUCUAUCAUGACAUUCAAUCGGCAAAUUCUUGAAAACUUGAAUCCAACACAGCGAGCAGGGGACUUCACAUCGCAGCUAUGCAGUUUGGUUGCAGCGAUACCCACGAACCAAAGCACCGAUGAUCUAGACGCUCUGGUACAGGAACUGGUCGGGGCUUUAGAGAAACUUGGGGAUAUAACCGUUGAUCAUGAUUUUCUGAUACUAUUACGGGCAGAUCUUGCCUUAGGUAUCUAUCGCCGUCUUCGCGUCAUGGAUUCAAGCCGUCGACAGGGACAGAAUGACCGCGUGAUCACAGCCGGAACGGCUGCGCUGUCUGCAGCACGAAGGCUCGCCAGUCAAAAACAGCCGUGGUGGAAUGUUAUCGGUACCGUGUUUCAAUUCGCCUGUUCUUUGCUUGUUAUGGACACAGUCGCAAGCUGUGAAAAGCUCUCCGAAACGAUGGAUACCCUGGAGUUUAUUGUCGAUUGUUUCAACACCCAUUUAGCCAAGGAGGCUCUCUCGACUGCUCGGCAACUUGUCAAGGCUUCAUUGGAUAAGAAGCGUAAGGGCAUGGAGGCGCUUGAACGAAUCGUUGGAACAUCUACUCCUGAAAAUAACACCUCUGGUACGGAAGGGCAACUUUUACAGGAUAUUGCGGCACUCAGUCCAUCAUUAGCAGCCCAACUUCCUAUUGAUUUGGAUUCCUUAUGGGCUAUGGAUUUUCAGCUUCCUUUUUAA